CCCAAUCUAUCUCCAACUUUCGUCUGCAUGAUCAGCUAUCAAACACCCUGUAGAUGCUCAGCACACGGAUUGUACAUCACACGCUUGACUUACGUUGUACAAUGCAUGAGCUGUCAGAUGCAGUAGUGACAGAGUGUCAGUGUUGCAUAACAUUAUGUUCGGUGACAUGUAAACAAUGCAUUUAGUACGAACAUUCGUUUCCCUCAUUUUGCUCAUCUCCGCAGCGAGAUGUAGCGACAUAACGUCUGCUGUUUUUGGAAACGUACUUGAUGGCAUGCCAGCUGCCUUCGGCGAUUUUAAUUCCGACGAGUUGACAGAUGUUUUCAUGCUGCGCGAGAAUGGUACCAUGGUAGAGAUAUUUCUCGCCGCUGAUCAAGAGCCGCUGCUGCGACCCGGACAGAACCUCAAUUGCUCGUUCAAGGACCAACAUGUAACCAGUGUUGUACCCGGCGAUUUUGAUGGCGAUGUUUUCAUGGAUAUCCUGGUGACAACCUACAGUAAGAAGCACCAUGUGACAUUCGUGCAUAUACUGUGGGGUGGAAAUGGUCAUCUGAACUGCAGCAAUGAGUGGAAUCCAUUGAUAGAGAUGCAUGAUCAGCCAUUGGCAUUAGACUACAAUCGUGACAUGAUAAUUGAUCUUUUUGGAGUAGACAAGAAUGGCAACAGGACAUUCUGGGUGUUCAAUCAAAAUAGAACUGCUCCACAUGCCAUCCCAAUGCUUGGGCCAAAACGACUGGAACCUGUGAGAAGUCCACACUCCAAUGCCUUCCUAGAUUUAAACAGUGAUUUCUUGCCAGACCUUGUGGUGACUACAAGGACGUCAUUUGAGAUAUGGAUGGGUACUGAGCAAGGUUUUGAUUAUUCUUAUGAAAUCGACCUGCCAUAUAACAUUACCGUCGACAGGAACUUCAAGGGGGAGAUCGGGCAGACUCUCUAUUUAGACGUCGAGUUGACCGGCAAGAUGAGUCUGCUACUGCCACUGUGUUUCGAUUCGAGUUGUGGCAAUUGUACAAUUAUGAUGUAUUCCAAUGGCUGGCAUAAUCUACGGGUGAACUUCCGUGACUCGAACAACGUGCAAUGGGGCUUUGUAAAACCAGAUGGCCAUCGUUAUACAGAGACCAUCACUCUUCGCGGUGGAGACUUUAACAUGGACGGCUAUCCAGAUCUCUUGGCAACGCUGCAGCAUUCCAAUGGCGAGCACGUACAGUCUUUCUUGUUGCAGAAUGUGGCAUGCAACAACUGUGCCGGUUACAAUCGCACCUAUGAGGUCAAGUGGCAGGCAUUGAACCCGUUCUACAACGAGAGUGCGAUGGCAGUGUUCUAUGACUUUUACCAGGAUGGCAUUUUAGACGCGAUCCUGGUAGGCCUUCAGAAGAAACAAAACAGCAAAAUGUACCGCACCGCAGCAUUCAAGAACAGUCUCGAUUACGACGCGAAUUUCGUCAAGGUCAUGGUGCUAACAGGUCGCACCAACAGCAUGUAUCCCAUCUCGCCGGGGUCGCUCGGCAAAAAGAAGAGGACAUACGGCACUAAUCUACCGGGGCCGUCGAUUGCUUACAGGACUACUACGCAGGACGGCAGUCCUCGCAAUGCAAUCGCCGCGCAGUUACCGCAGAGCGCACAUUUCUCACUCAAUCUGCCAUAUACCACCUUCGGUUUAGGCAGAACACCAAACUUUGUCGACGCUCUUACGAUAGGGGUCGGCGGCAAGUCGCGCGAAUGGCCGCAGAUUAUUCCAAACUCCCAGAUGGUUGUGAUACCGAAUCCAAUCGCUGAACCGUCUAGAUGGAAGGCCCAACUGUUCGUGACUCCCAGCAAGCUGAUCCUAUUGAGCGCGGCCGCUCUGGGUGCCACUUGCGUUCUGAUCACGGCCAUCAUCCUGGGUCUCUACUGGAAGGAGAGAAGGGAGGACAAAAUCGAGAAGUUGCAGGAAGCACACAAGUUCCAUUUCGACGCGAUGUAAAGGACGCGUCGUCAAGAUAACAUCGUUAACUUAAAGCUUAUUUAAGAUAUCAGUUUAUUGAUAUCACAAUUAUUUAAUAAAUAAAUCGCGCUUAAAAUCCUACUGAAUUUCACGUAAACAUCACCAUACGUGCCAUUCGUGAUUUCAAUUGCGAAUAACAACGUGUGUUGUCAUUCUUUUCCGUUGAACGCGAUGUUUUUCCGCUUUCUUUUUAGUUCCGGUAUGAGUUUAUCAACGAGGUAAAAUUCACGAUUCACUGAUUUUCUCUCGAUAAAAAAUUCGGCGUUCUCUAUAUCUCUCUGUUCAUGUCUCUUCUCGCAGGAGCGAUCAUCGUGUCGCAUCGAGCUCGUAAUUAUAUGUAUAUAUUAACAAACGAUCCUUGCCGGAGUAUUUUCUUUUCCAUUUUGAUCGCUGCGCCGUGAGCGCCGUAAGUGCCGUAAUGCUUUCAGUCGGUCUAAGUUAAUAGGAAUUCGCUAUUGGCAUCGGUCGUUCUUCAUGGCAGGGUUUAAAUCGUUGAAGUAUGGAUGCGCCAUCGCUUCCUCCGCCGACAGCCGUAGGGCCGGAUUGCACACUAAUAAUCUCUGUAAAUUAAUUGAGUAUUGUCAAACGUUAAUGAUAUAGUUUCGGCGUAUUUAUACAAAACAAAAGAAGGGACUCGUAAGCGCCGUAUCUUCAGAGAUGAUGAAUUUUUUAGUUUUAUUUUAUCUUUCGUUGUUGCGGACUUCUCGCUUACGGCGCUCAUAGUCUUUCUACGUCGAGAAUCUUAAAUCAAUAUUUUGAGACUAUUUUUGUACGUACGGUAAAUUGUAUUACAUAAUUAAGACAAUAUUUUUUUCUUAUUAUUUACCGAGUAGAUAUUUAUGUAUCUUAGAUGAUAUAUUCUUAAGCGCGCGCUAGCUAGUCCCUGUUAUAUAGUUUUAUUUUAUAUUCUUCUUCGUUUGCUUCGAUCGUUGUAGAUUUAACAUCAUCGACACCGAGAAGUUUCGCUUCGUAAGAUCUACUGCGUCUAUUGUUUUGAUAAUAUAUUUAUAUUUUCCAUGCGUUUUACCAUGCGUUCGACGCGUGUUUUAGAGAUAGUCGCAUUUGUAUCUCGCAUUUCUCCUUUCGUGACAAUAAGUGCGAGAAUAAACGUAUUUACGAUUUAUCAUUCA